UUUUACGUUUCCUCGAGUGAAGGACUUCAGGUGGCGUUUCCACCGCUCGCUGCUGGUGAUGUCAGACGGCGGCUGGUUCACAUGGAGGUCAGCAGCAGAGGAGGAGGUUCACGUAGAGUUCACUCGCAUACAUUAGGUAACACCAUCGCUCGCUCUGACAUAACUAGUAUGAAGCAGGUUGAGUCGAGACAUUUGUCAAUAAAGAAGAGAUAACAAGGAGAAGAAGAAGAACUCCCGCGACUAACUUUGUUAUGCAAAACAGCCUCCAGAUCUGGAUUUUUUUUUUAACCGCUGCCUCUCAGACUCCAGUCUGCAGCUGCGUGUCAACAACAUGCACACAAUGUCUGAUUUUAAUCGCACUCGCCUCUCUCGUGGCACGUUUUCCUUCUGAAAUUUAAAAAAAAAAAAAAAAAAAACCCGUAAGAGAGAGAAGUGUGCUGUAUCCAGCGGAAUCAUGUUUGACUAUGUGGAUUUUCAAGCUUUCGGUCCGGGAGAGAUCACGGACUUCUUCACCACAUCCAGCCCUACAUGCAUGCUGCAGAGACAGGACGACGAUUUGGCAGACUUCUUCCCCGAGCUGGUGGAGGCGGAUUGGCAGCAACACCGCUGCUCGCAGUCAGUGGGAAGUCAGAGCUCCACGUCCAGCUCAGACGACCUGUUCGCCAGCCCCCCCUCCCCACCGCCCCCUCCUCGCACUUACAAGCCCUGCUUUGUGUGUCAAGAUAAAUCCUCGGGCUACCACUACGGCGUCAGCGCCUGUGAGGGCUGCAAGGGCUUCUUCCGCCGCAGCGUGCAGAAAAACAUGGUGUACACCUGCCACCGGGACAGAAAUUGCAUCAUCAACAAGAUCACGAGGAACCGCUGUCAGUACUGCCGCUUGCAAAGGUGUUUCGCUGCGGGAAUGUCCAAGGAGUCGGUAAGAAACGACAGAAACGGGCGGAAGGCAAAGAAGGAAGCGGUGAAGAUGACGAUCAUGGAGACGUACGAGCUGACGGCGGAGCUGGGACUGAUCGUGGAGAAAAUCUGCAGAGCCCACAGGGAGACCUUCCCCUCUCUCUGCCAGCUGGGCAAAUACACCACAAACUCGAGCUCGGACCACAGGAUCCAGCUGGACCUCGGGCUGUGGGACAAGUUCAGCGAGCUCGCCGCCAAGUGCAUCAUCAAGGUGGUGGAGUUUGCAAAGAGAGUUCCUGGUUUCACCGGCCUCACCAUCGCCGACCAGAUCACUCUGCUCAAAACUGCCUGCCUGGACAUCCUGAUCUUGAGGAUUUGCACUCGUUACACUCCGGACCAGGACACCAUGACCUUCUCCGACGGGUUGACUUUGACCCGCACUCAGAUCCACAACGCCGGAUUCGGACCGCUGACUGAUCAGGUUUUCACGUUUGCCGGGCAGCUGCUUCCUCUGCAGAUGGACGACACGGAGAGCGGGCUCCUCAGCGCCAUCUGUCUCGUCUCUGGAGACCGACAGGACCUGGAGGAGCCGUCUAAGGUGGAGGUGCUGCAGGAGCCGCUGCUGGAGGCGCUGAAGAUCUACUCCCGCAAACGGCGACCCAGCAUGCCGCUCGUGUUCCCCAAAGCCCUCAUGAAGAUCACCGACCUGCGCAGCAUCAGCGCUAAAGGAGCUGAGAGGGUGGUGACUCUGAAGAUGGAGAUCCCGGGCUCGAUGCCUCCUCUGAUCGAGGAGAUGUUAGAGGAUCUGCAGAACCUGGAGAAACAGCAGAACGCACACUCGGAAACUCCUCACAGCACAUGAAACCCUCCGAGGUCUCGCUGCUCGAAAAGAGCACUCGGCCUCGUUUUCCCGUCAUGGAGAGGAAACACAAACUACUUCAGAAGUGUCUGACCUCGUCUUAUGAGUCAGAGACAUGUGAGUGAAGAUUCACAGACUGUUAUAGAAAAGGAACCACUAUGUAUAAAAAGAAGAGAUUCAGAUGUUACACUAACGACUAAGCUGAUGGAAGAAGAGCUAAUAACUGAGUCGGAGGGGACGAACAGAAAGACACUUGACUCAAUAUAUCAUUUUUUUAUUCCCUCCUGACUUUUAGGGCGUUUUCACAUCAGGCAUGAUUGCUCCCCCUCCCCCGCUGGUCUGCGUUCACAUUAUCGAUCUGUACCCGAGUACACUUGGCUAUGUUCGCAUCCAGAUACAGCAGGUGGCAGUAUGCACGUAGCUGGUUUGCAAAUCUGCCAAUAAGCUAAAUGAAGAAGAAGAAACCAUGGCAACCACUCACCAGCUGAGUCCGUCCUGCUAACUGUGGAUGUUUUUGUUACGACCCUCUUCCUACUUCCACAUCUACCUUCCACAUCUAGCUCAGAGGAUGAAACAGGCCCGUGCUGUACCGCAGCGACGGGAGCUGUUUAGUAUUACGUCAUAUAUCGGUUCAGUUUCCCGUUUGAGCACGUUGCGUUCACAUGACCCGCGGACCCGUCCUCGAGUACUCAUGAAUCGUCCCUGAGACCGCCUCUUCAAGCGGACUCAGACACUUUACCUGAGUACGGUUUGUGUUACUUCGCGACUUUAGCAUUAGUUUAGAAACGUUAGAUUUUUUUCACUUUUUUUCUACGUUUGAUUUACAGACAUGUAAGAAAAGAAAAACGGACAGAUUUAUAUUUACAAAAAGGGAAAUGUAACAACUUAAAGUUAUAAGAGCUUUACUCGUAACAGUGAAUGCUCAUAACUUGUUUGAUUAUAUAAAUAUAAAUAUAUAUGUCAGCUCAGCGAUGAAGGUGAAGAGAACAAGACAAACUUUAAAUGAUUGCAGAAUCAUUUAAAGCAGGCUAGAAAAUGUAAUCGAAUGUUUUGCAGUAUCAGAUAUUUCAUAAGAGUUUGAACAUUGUCAGUAAGCUAAUAAACAACAUUACUCCUCCUAUCGUUUUCUUAGAGUUUUAACCCCACUUGGUUUAUUCUCAUAUGUCGGAGGUCUUAAAUGUCCUUUAAAGGACAUCUAUUAUCAUUCGUUCACCAUUAAAGUCAGGGUUGGUAAUUUCCUCCAGAUCCACUUUUUAAGAUUUUGGUUGAAAUUGUCUUCAGGUCCUGACAGAAAUGAAUAACUCAUGUUCUCUUAAAGAGGAACGAAGAAAAUCCGUGCUCAGGUGCAGACGGAGCACUGAGGGGGAAUGCUACUUUCAAAAUCAUGCUAGUUUUAGAAAAUUACCAACCCUGCCUUUAAAGAUGUCAGUCGUAUCUGAUACUGGCGUCAGUAAAAUCCCUCAUUUCAGCCUCGGCCUGAAACGCUUCAUUUCAGCUGCUGUUUCUUUAAGUCCCUCCCCUUCUUACGUGGCCGCUUUCUUCCGAUUGGCCAGCUCUGUUUGCACUUGCAGGGAAGUUUGAGUGAGAUUCCAGGUAGGCCUGUCCUUGAAAAAGCUGUUGGGGUCGGCGUGGCCUACAUCGUCGCUCCAUGCUUUGAGUUCUCAUAACGUCUCGUUCAGGGCAGCAGGAAACCACGUCCAGUGAAAACGCCACAUACCUUGUGUUUAAAAAAACUUGGUUUAGUGCGGACAUCCAACAUCGUAACAUUACAUGUCUGUAUUUAAAGAUGGAUCAGCAUCAUAGAUCUCCUUUAAAAUGUUUGAGUUUAAUCGCUGAUCCUUUUUAUGUUUUUCCUUUUUAUACAUAAUUUUGUCAAAUUCUUUGUUUGGUUUUUUUUGUUGUUUUUUACAGAAGUUUGUUUUUUAUUGAACAAAUCCAGUCAGUUUUUGUAACGGCACCAGUGUAAGAUACUUUGUACUGCGUCAAUAAUGUUAUUAAUAAAUAAAAACCUGCAGAAUUCAAACCAAACAA